UAGGAUUCAGCUCAGCAGCAGUUCAGUUCAGCCACACCUUUUCUUUACAGCUCACCACACGUGCAUUCACUUUUGUUUAUGGCGAGUUACUGAUUACUUAGAACUAGAAGGCACUAGCUGUAAUGACCAGUGCUUAUAGAGCAAGGAGUCCUAUCAGAGAGAACAAGACUCACUCUUCCUCAUCUUUUGGUGGGAGGAGAGAGAACUGGAGGCUGAGGCAAGAGAGGCCGAAUUUGCGCGAUGAUAGUUUUAUGAGGCCAAGAGGAGGGCAUUAUAGAGGAGGAGAGAGGGAGAGAGGACCCUACAGAGGAGGGAGACAGAACUGGAGGGAGCGGAGCAGGUCAGAGAGCGAGACCUACAGAGAAAGAGGCAGGAGGGAAUGGAGAGGAGGAGACAAUCCUGAGCAGGAGCAGAAUCAAGAGAAUGAUGCUCGUAUCAGUGAUGAUUUGGCGGGCGAUCAGCCGGGAAGAGGAGGUCAGGGUGGGAGGUACAGGAGGAGGCAAAGCUCAGAAGCUGAGACUGAGUCUAUCAAUAGACCAUUAGUUCUUAAUCCAACUGACGUACCCAGAGCUGAGAGAUACUUCACUCACGAUGAUAGAUUAACUGCUCCCACUCGUCGUCCAAGGUCUGUGACCACACCCACAAAGUGGGGACACGACGGAUUUGAGAAGAUGAACCCGACAUCUAAACCAACCUACCAGCCGAAUCGACGGACAAGGAUUGACUCCACUCCCUUAAAGUGGGACCACGACAUGUUUGAGAAGAUCAAACAGGAAGAUGAAAAGGAGCAGAUGGAGGUCACACCCCCUCCAGAGCAUGGCUCAGAGAUACCAAGAACAAGGUCUGUUAUUACUGUGCCAAACACUCGUGAGAGUAUUGUAUUUAAUGAAGAAGGAGAUGGAGUAGAGUGAAGGCAAUUUAUGAGUGACAUUUUGAAUGUAUCUACUCGAAAACCUUAUCACCUUCUUUCUUCACAUGCACGAUUACAUUAAAUUUUACAAAAAUGUAAAACCUUUAUCUUGAACCCUCAA